AUGUUAAGGAAAGGAAUAUACAAGAGAAAAGUGAUGAAAAGGAUGUUGGAGAUAAAAAGAACGACAAACAUAAUGAUAAUUCUGAGUUCCGUUUUGUUCUUAUGGGUUGUAUCAGAAAAGGGUGGGAAUUGACAACUGGUGCAACUUCAGUUUCAAUUGAUCCUACUACGGUCACCCGAAUUUCCGGCGUCCCAGGGCUUUUAGAUACAAGGGAUUUUUGACAGGCUAAAGAUAAACUGGAGAAGUCUAUGGUAACUGACGACGAUUCUGGGCAAAGCAUACAAGGUGACGAACGGACGAGUUCUGGCAUGUUUCUUGACAAGGCUCAGGAUGAAAUAGUUGCUGGCAUUGAGGCUAGAAUUGCUGCUUUGACCUUUUUUCCUGAAGUGAAUGGGGAAGCUAUUCAAAUGUUGCGCUAUGAGCAUGGCCAGAAAUAUGAGCCGCAUUUUUAUUAUUUUGGUGACGAGGCUUAUCAACAAUUCGGUGAUAACUGAAUGGCUACUGUACUUGUGUAUUUGUCGGAUGUUAAGAAAGGUGGAGAAACAGUUCUCCGUGUACGCAUUUUAGAGUAAUUUUUUUCUCCUUUCGUCUCUCUCUCUCUCUCUCCAUUUUUAAAAACUUUAUAAGCUAGAGAAAGACAGCAAAAGGGUAAUGACCAGUCCGAUUGCGCUAAAAACGGCUAUGCAGGUAAACUUGAUUUCACUGUACCUUGCUUGCUGGGUGAUGAAAUUACUUUCUGUUUACUCAAUUAUUGUUUUUGUUUUUGGUUUUUUAAAGUUUUGGACCUGAUAUUGCUUUCUUCUGUUCUUGUUAUUUUCGUGAGAGUCGAUAUAGAAACAUUGAAGUCGGAUAUUUUGCUUUUCUGAUAUUGAUGAUUUUCUUGUUUCUUUUUGUUUCUCUAGACAGUGAAACCGAGGAAAGUGGAUUCCUUGUUGUUUUUCAG